GCGUGUGCGUGUGUGUGUGUGUGUGUGUUACAGAUGGUGUGGGCAGACACACACAGGGUCGGCUGUGCUUUCCAUUUCUGUAACAACAUGGAGGGUCUGGACUGGGAGAGAGUCUCAUACCUCGUCUGCAACUACUACCCACCAGGGAACUUUGAGGAAGAGAGGCCGUAUGUUGAGGGUGAAUGGUGCUCCAGAUGUCCUGAAAACCUCCAGAAAUGUGAAAACAACCUCUGUGUUGCUGACACAGAGGAAUACGAGGAGGAAGACGAGGAAGACGAGGAGGAUGGGGUUGAUGAUGAUGAUGAUGAUGAUGAAGAAGGUGAGACAGUUUUUCCUCCCCAAGCUACAUCUGAACCCUUCCUCCUGCCUGAAGACGAGCUGGACGUUGCUGCUGCUUCCAUAGCAACAACUGCCCCCUACGACCAACCUGACGACGAAGACGAGGAAGAGGAGGGGGAGGAGGAAGAGGAAGAGGAAGAGGCUGCUGCUUCUCCGGUGACAUCUGCCCCCAAUGAGCAGCCUGACACCACCAGUACUCCCAGUAUUACCACUGCCUCUGAUUGGGACUCUGAGGAAGCCCAACCAACACCCGCCCCAGGCACUACCCCUCCUCCAGGAACCCCCUCAACAACACCAGAGGAAGAGGAAGAGGAUGAGGAGGAGGAAGAGGAGGUGGAGCAAAGGGAGGAAAAGGCAGAGAGGGACGUAACGCAAGAUAAUUACAAACACAGGAGAGAUAUGAUUUCUGGUUCUGAUCCAGUGUCCUCACCUUCACUCCUGUUAGCAUUUCUGAUUGGGAUCCUGACUCUGAGGCUGUGAGGAGGAGGAGGAGGAGGAUGAGGAAGAGGAGGAAGAGGAGACAUCACCUCACCAUGCCUGUGUUGACUGACUGCACAUUACCUUGUUAACCCACCCUGGUAACAAACACUUUCACCCCCCUCCCUCCUGCAGAGUAAUAUGAGUUAAUUAAUAAAUAACUCUCAGGAAACAGCUGCCAAAACAUCUGCAGGUAGUCUGGCCUGAGAUCUGGCUCAAAGAAUGAGAGCAUAACCUGCUCACAAAAUAUGACUGCAAGUAAAUACAAGUCAGUGAAAAUAACUAAAUAUGGUGUGAUCAUUAAGAGGAAACAGAUUUAUAUCAUUCGUUUGGAGGUUUUUUUAGACAAAUGGGGGUUUAUGAUGUUUGUGAUGAAUGUUUAUUACAAUUUAUUCUCACUCCCUUCUCAUGAAAUACUUGUUUUGGGUCUAUUCUUCACAGUAUGAGGCCCUCUAGUGUCAGUUUUGGACGGUAUGUCAGACUCAUUUUAGGCAUAAUGAUUUUUCAAAAAUAAACGUCCGACACAGUUUAAAUUCAUUUUUAGGAUGAUAUACACUACAGUACUACAUUUAAGGUUAAAAAUCAUCUGAGAUCUAGGUUCGAAUUCUAAGAUUCAAGAAUACAAAGAGAAAACUCAGAAGUCAGAAAAAAAAAAAGUGAAAAUCAACGUUUUUCCUGAAAAUCCAAAAUAAAGUACUGACCAAAUAGAAUUUUUUUUUGUUCGGAGAUUUAAGCCAGAAUUCUGUGAUUCAAAAAUGUUGUUCCGAAUUCAGAAAAGAAAAAGUUAGAAUUUUGAAAAAGAAGUCAGAAUUUUCUGAAAAAAGUCAGAAUUUUUAACAAAAAGUCAAGAAUACAAAUAUACUUUCAGACGUCAGAAAAAAAAUCUAAAUCAAAGUUUUUCCUGUAAAUCCAAAAUAAAAAAUACUGACCAAAUAAAAAAAUGUUCUAAGAUUUAAGCCAGAAUUCAGCUGGUCCGGAUUCUGAAAAAAAAGUCAGAAUUUGGAAAGAAAAGUCAGAUAUUUUAGAAUGAAAUUAUUACAUUUGAAAAAAGUCAGAUUCUUAAAGAAGAAGAUUCUAAAUUUGGAGGAAAAAAAUAUAUUUUUUAAAAGAAAAGUCAGGAUUCUGAGAUUAAAGACAGAAUGAACUUUUGGUCAGAUCUCAAGAAGAUUCACAUGUGGCCAUAAUCGUACAUCAGGAGCUACACUAGACUUGAUGAAAACCUGAAAAACAGGCUAUCUGUUUCCAGUGUUUAUGCUAAGCUAGGCUAAUCAUAUCCCUCAACUUACUUUGGUCAGUGACCACAAAUAGAUUUUCUGAUUUACAACAAGUUGGUACUCCUCAAUCGACGGUCUGAAAAAAUUAAGUUCUUAAGAAUGAACUGUUUUGUUGCACACUCAGAUGGUCUGAUGAUGCACAAAACUUUUCAACCACAAAUGUGUUUAAUUAGACGAUAAAUACAAUUAUUGUUUUCAGCAUUUUCUGAUUUGUUUGUACAGAGCUGUAGAGUUUGUGUAUUAAAAAAACAAAAAGGGUUUAAGUGCGCUUAAGAGAGGUUACUCACUCAAUGAAUAAAAGCCGACCCUCAGAUCUCCUCCUCGUGUUUAUCUGCAGGGUGAAUAAUAUACAGCAUCAUCUCAUGUGGAAAAACCACUGUAAAAUAAAGAAAAAGCAAUAUGUGUUAUUUUGUUAUAGUGUUUAGUAAAUGCAGGAGAAAUGACUGUUGUGUUUCACUUUGACGACCCUGCUUCUUCUUCUUCUGCUUCUUUUUCACAGUACAUGUAUCUUCUGUGUAUCAUUUACUGGAAACUACAACUGGACAGAGUCAUCUAAUACUUUACGUCAUCUCUGUUACAUUGUCCUUAAAACAGGAAGUUACCAUAACUAUCUUUAAUCAUUUUAGUAAAAAUUGCUGUAAAUGUCUGUAUAUAGGAUUAAUAAAGAAUUAAACAUUU